CAAGUAGUAGUGAGGAAGAAAGAAACACAAGGCUUGAUGCUCCACUCAUAAAUGGUUCCAAUUUCCAAACCUAAGACACAUAGCAAUAAUGGGAUGCAACAAAAUGAGUUGCUUAUUCUCUCCUUCAACUUCAAAAAGCCUUAUUCAUUUGCAAGUUCUAGAGAUAUGUGGCUGUGGAGACAUAGAAGAAAUAGUAUCUUUUGAAGACACUAAAGUGAUGAGUGUAAUAAGUAAUAAGAUUGUGUUUCACAACUUGCAGCAUCUAAAACUUGAAAAUCUACCAAAGCUCAAGGCCUUUUGCAAGGGUUCAUAUGACUUUGAUUUUCCAUUAUUACAUGAAGUAUUCUUAAAAAAUUGCCACAUGAUGGAGAUAUUUUCAUUUGGGUCUUCAUACACUCCAAAGUUGGAUAAAGUAACCAUGGAAAUUGGAAAUGUUGCCAAGAACAUAUGGAUGGGAGAUCUAAAUGCUACUAUGCCACUAUGUAAAGGAAUGUUGACAUUUCAAACUUCAGAAACACUUAGAUGGAUCAAGCAACAUUCAUGGGCACUAAGAUAUUUGACCAAAGAAAAGGAGUUGACUAUUGAAGGUUUUCAAAGGCUUCUAAAUCUUGUUCCCUCCAAUGUGAUGCACCUCUUUCAAAACCUAAAUCAACUCACAAUUAAAGAUUGUGAUUCACUAGUAGAGGUGUUUGAAUCACAAGGAAUAAUAAUGAUGAACAAAAAAGAAGUCACAAACUAUGAGUUACAAUCAAUGAGUUUGCAACAUCUUCCAAAGUUGACCCACAUAUGGAAAAUUCAUGGUGGUGUUUUGGGAUUCAAAAAGCUAAGAGUACUCAAAGUUGAACAUUGUGGCAGUUUGUGUAGCUUGUUUUCUCCAUCCAUGGCCAAAAGCCUAGUGCAACUUUGGCACCUAAGAGUACAUAAUUGCCACAUGAUGGAGGAGAUAAUUGAAGAAUCAUCAUCAUCAAAUGAGGAUCAAAUUAUUGUAUUUCCAUUGUUGAAUAAGUUGGAGCUUCGUCAUCUUACUAACUUCAAGUGUUUUUCCUCCGAAAGAACCUUAGAUAUUGAGCUUCCUUCUUGUGAAGAAAUGGUGAUUGAAAAAUGUCCAAAUAUGACAAGCUUUUGCUAUGGAGAUGUUAAAACACCAAAGCUUCUUCAGAUAUAUAAAGGUUCAUAUGAGUAUGUAGACUUGAUGGUUGACCUUAAUGCCACCAUCCAUUAUGCUAAUAAGAACUCCAAGGUUCCACAACAAACCUUAGAGAGAAGCAGAUUCAUAGAGCAAGAUCAUCAUCUCCUUGAUUACUUAAGAAGUCAAACAGAGCUGUUUGUUGAAGAUAGUGAAACAUUGUUGCAUUGUGUUCCAUUCAACAUGUUUCAUAGGUUCCAACACAUAAAACAACUUAAGGUACGAGAAUGUGGUUCAAUUGUUGAGAUCUUUGAAUCAAAAUCAAAAUCAAAUGGUGAUGAUGAUGAUGAUGAUGAAGGUUAUUGUUACCCCAAAACAUUUUACAAUUACAACAUGCAAGAGCUACAUCUUUAUGCUCUUCCCAAGUUGAUGAACAUAUGGAGAGAAAACCAUGGAAGAAUCUUAACCUUUGGAAAUCUUAGAAAGCUAAAGAUUGGAUUUUGUGGCGGUUUGAAAAGCCUGCUUUCUCCUUCCAUAGCUAGAGGCCUUUCUCAACUCCAAGAGUUUUCAGUACAUGAAUGUGAGGAGUUGGAGAAAAUAAUGAGUGAUGAAGAAUCAAUCCACAAUGUGAAGAUUAUUGAAUUCCCAUCAUUGCAAUGGUUAACUCUUUAUCAACUUCCAAGCCUUGGGUGCUUUUGUUCAAGUUCUUAUCAUUUUGAGUUGCCAUCCUGCCAUGACAUAAUUAUCAAAGAAUGCCCCAAAAUUGAAGCUUGUUGCAAAGGAAUAACCAAAACUUUCCAAAAUUGAAGCUUGUGUAAGUGCUAGUAUUGUUAAUCUUUAAAUGUUAUAAAUUAAUUUCUUUUUUAAUUUAUUUGUUUAUCUGUAAGUUCUUCAA